CUUUGGACCAUUCGGAUCUGCAAAUUGAAAUGCGUAGUCUGAGCUGACAAUAAACGGGUGAAAAAUAUUGAUUUCAUACGACUCGAUUGUACGUCUCAUCCUCACCGGAGCGGAGGCGGAGGCGAUAUUAAUGGAAUCGUGUACGUCUUGUUGAGGAUCCAUCUAAGCACUCGUCCUCAAUGGUCACCAUCUGUCCGAGCCUGUCUUUCGGCUUGCUGCAGUCCGCAUCAGAGGAUGCAGGUGAAACACUCGAUGUUCGCGGAGGGAAGCACGCCAGACAGUGAGCCAGGCGAGUGCCAGAAGAAGACAUCAUGCUUCUCCAACAUCAAAAUAUUCCUCAUAUCAGAAUGUGCUUUAAUGUUGGCACAGGGAACUGUAGGAGCCUAUUUGGUCAGUGUUCUAACCACUCUAGAGCGGCGUUUCAACUUACAGAGCGCUGACGUGGGUGUGAUUGCCAGCAGCUUUGAGAUUGGCAACCUUGCCCUCAUCCUGUUUGUCAGCUACUUUGGGGCCAGGGCCCAUCGGCCACGGCUGAUUGGUUGUGGGGGCAUUGUAAUGGCACUGGGAGCAUUACUGUCAGCGCUGCCAGAGUUCUUGACCCACCAAUAUGAAUAUCAGUCUGGAGAGUCACGACCUAUGGGACAGGGAAGGGAUAUGUGCUCCAAUACAAGUCGAGCUGGGGUUUCUGAUCCUAGUUAUAUAUGUGGAAAUAAAACCAAUACCAACAUGAUGUACCUGCUGCUGAUUGGAGCUCAGAUGCUUCUGGGGAUUGGGGCAACACCCCUUCAGCCACUGGGUGUGUCUUACAUUGAUGACCAUGUCAGACGAGAAGACUCCUCACUUUAUAUUGGCAUCUUAUUCUCUACACUAGUCUUUGGACCAGCAUGUGGUUUCAUUCUUGGCUCUUUGUGCACCAAAGUUUAUGUUGAUGCAGUCUUCAUUGACACAACCACACUGGACAUUACUCCAGAUGACCCACGUUGGAUUGGCGCCUGGUGGGGCGGCUUUAUCAUCUGUGGCCUUUUCCUCUUCGUCUCCUCGUUUUUCAUGUUUGGGUUCCCGCAGUCACUGAAUGAGCCUGGGGAGGACCCAGGGGGUGAGAGUGAGCAGGCCAUGCUGCCUGCUGAGCUGGUGCAGGAGUAUGAAGGAGUAAAAGCCUCAGAUGACGUAGACAUCAACACUGGCCUAACCUGCUGCCAGCAUCUGCAAAUUAUUCCUAAAGUGACUAAGCAUCUGCUGUCCAACCCGGUUUUCACCUGUGUCAUUCUUGCUGCCUGUAUGGAAAUUGCCGUGGUGGCUGGAUUUGCUGCCUUCCUUGGGAAAUAUCUUGAACAGCAGUUCAACCUCUCAACCUCCUCUGCCAAUCAGCUCCUAGGAAUGACAGCAAUUCCUUGCGCUUGUCUGGGUAUAUUCCUGGGUGGCCUCCUAGUGAAAAAGUUGGAUCUGUCAGCAUUAGGGUCUAUACGCCUGGCCAUGAUAGUCAAUAUCAUCUCUACAUCCUGCUACGUCUCCUUCCUUUUCAUUGGCUGUGAUACUGGCCCAGUCGCUGGUGUUACUGUUGCAUAUGGCAAUGAGAGUCUAGGGUCAUGGGAGCGGGCAGAUGCUGGAUGUGUGUCAGGCUGUAAUUGUUACAAAUCUUAUUUAAGCCCUGUCUGUGGAUCCAAUGGCAUCACCUACCUCUCGGCCUGUCUGGCUGGCUGCACUAGAAAUAAUCUGACAGGCUGUAAGUGCAUUGCCCAUGGAGAUGGUCUGGGUACAGCAUCACCAGGAAAGUGUUCCAGCCCAGGCUGUAAGCAGGCCUUCCUCACGUUCCUGGCAGUUGUGUGUGCUUGCAGCAUGAUCGGAGCCAUGGCCCAGACUCCAUCUGUUAUCAUCCUGAUCAGAACUGUGAGUCCAGAGCUGAAAUCUUAUGCACUUGGAGUUUUGUUUCUGUUGCUACGGCUGCUUGGUUUUAUUCCCCCACCUCUGAUCUUUGGCAUUGGGAUUGACUCCACCUGCUUAUUAUGGAGCUCCGUAUGUGGCACAACGGGGGCCUGCAUGCUUUACGACAACAUCUCCUACCGCUACCUUUACGUCAGCAUUGCCAUUGUUCUCAAAUCCAGCGCCUUCAUUCUCUAUGCUGUCACCUGGCAGUGUCUGCGUCAGAACUACUCCAGGUACAUUAAGAACAGUGAGGAUUACUUGACACCAAGCCAGCUGUUCGCCUCCAACCUCACUCUGGACAACAUGGGCAAGGACAUUGCACAGAAUCCCUCCAGUCGCACCAAGUUCAUUUACAACCUAGAUGACCAUGCCUGGAGUGAGAACAUGGAGUCAGCCAUAUAGUCUCACCCCAAAGAACAUGCUAAUUUAAUCUUAUCAAUGCAUUUAUUCAAAAGAAAGUUCAUUUAUACAGAUUUCCGCAGAUUCCCACUGCCUGGGAUAAACAGGCACUCUUAUAGCAUAUCCAGGGUGUUUUAAACGAAUGGUUCACCUAAUAAUCCAAAUUCUGUAAUAAUUUACUCACCCUCAUGUCGUUCCAAACCUGUAUGACUUUCUGUCCUAUGCGCAACACAAAAGAAGAUGUUUUAAUGAAUAUUGCGGUUCGACAUCUCAAUACAAAGACAAUAGCUAAUACAUUCAUUUAAAGCUUUAAAAAAAGUAUCAUAAGAGUAGUCCAUGCGACUAGUGUGUUAUAUAAAUAAAAAGGUAUGAUAGAUUUUUGUGAGAAAAAACCUGAAUUUUAAGUCACUUUUUCAGAGAAAUUCUUGACUUUCACAGCGGCUCGCAUGUUCAUGCAAAAUGUGCAUUGUUUUUAGAGCAAAGGGACAUCAAGAUCAUUAAUCAAAAGAUGACUUACAUUUUGGGUUGUUUCUCAUCAAGGCAUAUUGUAUGCCUUCAGAAGACUUGGAAUGUGGCACAUUUUUAUGAAGUUAGGAUCCUUUUUUAGGCUAUAAAGUGAUGCACUAUCUACUGCCAUUGUACUGAAAAGGAAUUUAUGAUGACAGAAUUUUCAUUUUUGGUGAACAAUUCCUUUAAAUAAACAGAGCCAAUGAAUUUGACUGUUACUGUAGUCAGGAGUUAGAACUAUACAGUAUAUGCUGAAAAUAUGAUAUAUGGAGAGGAAAUGCAUCUUAUUAUCAUAUUAGGGGACAUCCAGUAUUAGGUUGCAGUUCUAAAACUGAACAAUUAAUCUUCCAUAAGUCAAAACUAGCCCCAAUUUACAUACAAGCACCUUUCUUAGGCUUAAUUUUGGAUUGUCUUUUUUUUUUCUUUUUUUUUUAAAUAAAGAAUAUUAGCAUAUACACCGAUUAGCCACAACAUUAAAACCACCUGCCUAAUAUUGUGUAGGUCCCCUUCGUGCCACCAAGUC